ACAUGGGAAGACUCAUUCUCACACUCGUUGAUGAUGCUGUUGUGUACAGGUGGAACAGUCAUUGAGGAGUUGGAGAAAGUGUCUGGAGAAAAGAGCCUUCUUGAAAAGGAGCUCUCCGACUUAAAAAAGAAGUACAAGGACAGAGAGACAGAGCUGCAAACUCUCAAGCUGUAUCUUUUCUUGUGUCUCUUUCCUGUCCAGACGACCCUCGGAGACAGAGAGAGUGAGAUCUCCUGUCUAAAAGACACCAUUCAUUCUGGGGAGAUGGAGCGCAGGCAACUCCACAAUACUAUCCAGGAGCUCAAGGGCAACAUCAGGGUAUUUUGCCGAGUGCGCCCACUGGUGGACGGAGGCCUCAGCGAACACAUUCAGCUCCCGGUCGGCAACAAGAGAAUAAGACUGGUCAGAAGAGAGAAGUCUCACACAGGCGGACCUGACACCCAGAAGAAUUUUACCUUCAAUUUUGACCGGGUGUUUGGCCCCCAGGCCUCACAGCAUGAGGUCUUCGAAGAGAUCUCACCCCUGGUGCAAUCUGCACUGGAUGGCUAUAAUGUUUGUGUCUUUGCCUAUGGCCAGACGGGAAGUGGAAAGACCUUUACCAUGGAGGGAAGUGGGGAGGAUGGUGAGCUCAGUGGUAUCAUUCCCAAAGCGCAGGAGAACAUUUUCAACAAAGCAGAGAAACUGGGAGAACAAGGCUGGGAGUUUACCUUCACGGCCAGCUUUAUGGAAGUGUAUAAUGAGACCCUGCGGGACCUGCUGUUCACGGGGAAAAAAAGGCCGAACCAUUUAAUCAAAAGACAGGCAGACAAGGUGACCAUCACAAACCUUAAGUACGUGAAGGUCUCCAACAAGGAUCAGGUUCUAGGCCUUAUUAAGACGGCCAAUCAGAAUCGGGCAACAGCCGAGACCUCAAGAAAUGAGCGGUCUUCACGGUCCCACUUCGUCUUCCAGAUGGAGAUCCAGGGAGUUAAUGUUGGAAGGGGUAUCCAACAUAAUUCCACUCUGUGCCUGGUGGACUUGGCUGGUAGUGAAAGAAUGGAAGACUUGGCUGGAGUUGACGAGCGGAUUCCAGAGAUGACCGCAAUCAAUAAGUCCCUCUCACAACUCGCCACUGUCAUCAAUGCGCUGGCCAAAAAGGAAAAACACAUUCCAUACAGGGACUCUAUUCUAACAGACCUUCUGCAGGGCUGCUUGUGUGGAAAUGGUAAAACCCUGAUGAUAGUGAACAUCGCCCCAGAGCCAGACAGCCUUGUGGCAACCCUAAACUCCUUGAGGUUUGCCAGCAGGGUGAACAGCUGUGUUAUAAGGCCGACAACUGACAACAAAUGA